AUGUUGGGGAAAUCUAUUCAAGACUCCUGGAUCACAGACCAGUAAUUCAGGGAGAAAUACGAUACUUUGUUAAAGAAUUUGAAGAAAAACGUGGCCUCCGAGAACUGCGAGUACUUGAAAACCUAAAGAGCACAAUCUUUGAAACGAAUGAGCAUGUUCUUCCCAAGUGUGAGCAGGCAAUGCAUGACAAUUUGAACGAAACAUUCAAGAGAUUGCAAGCUGCCAACAAUAUGAUCCGUAGACUCCAAGAGAGGGAAUAUGAAGCAAAAAAGCUUCAGGCAGACAAGGUGAUGGCUCGUGAAGAGAAGCAUGUGGCCCACUGUGAGGAAUUCAUGAAAGAGCAACAGAACAAACGUGCAGAAGUGGAUGAAGAGCACAGCAAAGCUAUGGAGCGCCUCAAAGAGCAGUAUUCCGAGAUGGAGAAGGAACUGGCCAAAUAUGUUUCUUUUUAA